UGUGCAGUGAGACAAAGCAACCAUACGCCCCAACUGAGCUCGAGCUACACCUAACAGUACUCCAACAGCGAAGAACCUCUGCGCCGCCGAAAAUGGAGGCGGAGAUGUACCUCCACCCCGCCGAGCCCCUCAGGGCGAACACGGUCACAUGCAUCCCAAGGCUCCGCGGCGGUGGCGGCGUCCGUCGGAGGCCACGGCAGCACGCAGGCGCUCCUCCAGCCCCGGCGUCGUCCGUAUCCGUGAUUGAUCGUGUCCGCGACGUCCUGCUGCGGCUCGCGAUGCUGUCGGCGGCGACGUCGCCCAAGGCAGGCGCCGGCCGCCUCCAGCAGCAGCACACCACGACGGCUCCUGGGGCGCCGACGAGAGCGGCGUCGGUGCGCAUGAGCCCGUCGUACGCCGACUCGUACCCGAGCGAUGCCGUCGACGACUGCAUCGAGUUCCUGAAGAGGUCGGCCGCCGGAGCCGGCGCCGCUGCCCCUGUACCGGCCGCAGCCGUCCCGGAGUCAGUGAGCCCGGCUCCGUCGUAGCUGCCGCGCCGUGCAUGAUCUGCAUGUAUGUGCCGUGGAAUCUUAUUAUUUCUUAUCCAGUUUGGUGUGUGUUUGACGUACUGUUCGCGCGUACAUGUGGAUGGAUGUUUGUAUAUGAGUUGGUAGGUUUGCUGGGUGGUGGUUGCAUCCAUGUGUGAUGCGUUUGAUAUGUCGUACGUGAUGUAUGUAUAUAAGCAGAUUCACCUCAAGUUGUCAAGUGGAGUUACAUCUUGUAGGGUGGUUAUGUCGAAUAUGCUUUCGUUGCA